AGUGAAACCCCACGGCUGUUCAGUGGCUUCAUUCUUCAUGCAGCUGGUCUUCAGGUUUCCCUCCAGAGCGUGAGCAGAACCACAUCAGAUCUUCAGCAAUGUUGUGCUUCCUCCUCACAAUGACAUUGGCGGCGACGUGUGUGAGCAGGGGCUCAGCCUCGCUGGUGAUUCCAUCCACGGUGACGGCCUUGUCCACUGAGAGAGUGAUCACCUGCGAUCACAGCUUCUACGUCCAACGCCUGAGCUGUGCGAGCGGAGUGAUCGUUGUGCAGUCGGCUGUGUAUGGACGCCUGGACAGCGAGAUCUGCAGUGAGGGCGUCCCUGCUUCCCAGCUUUCCAAUACGAAGUGCUCACAGCAGGGAUUACUGGACGUGCUCAAGAAAAGGUGUGAUGGAAAGUCACAGUGUGAAAUUAGCCCAAGUGUUGUUCGCGUUGAUGACCCUUGCUUUGGCAUCUACAAAUACGUGGACACCUCGUUUGCCUGCUUUCCAGCCAGACGCCGUGUGGUGUGUGAAUCGUCCGUCCUAGUCCUUUCCUGCGACGAAGGCCAGGUCCUGUUCGUGUACAGUGCCGACUACGGGCGCCGCGACGGCACCACAUGCUCCUUGGACCGUCCGCCUGAGCAGCUCAGAAACACCCAGUGCUCACAGCCUUCGAGCAGAGUUGCUGAAAGAUGUAACGGAAGACGCAGCUGUACAGUCACAGCAAACAACUCAGCGUUCGGGGACCCCUGCGUUGGCACCUACAAGUACCUGGAGGUGUUCUACACCUGCCGCGAUGCUGCGUUUUCACCAGCUGUUUGAAACCCCGCUGACAGAACAUCAGUGCUCGUCAAUGAAAGGAAGCACUGAAGUGGUCAAAGUGCAGACGCAACUCCUUCAGCUGAAGGCUUCAUCAUUGUGGCUUUUAUUACAUUCUUUUACUGCUUGUCUCUCUCUUUUUUCCUGCUGCACAAAUAAAUUCCAAUGGCAUCAACAGCACGAGUUCUGACAG